ACUCAGCACACAACAAUAACUUAAUUGUGCAUUGCUGUGCAAAAAUAAAAGCAAACAAAAUAUUGCAAAUUGAUGCAUAAUAACUAAAGCAACAAAUACAAACCCAAGUGCAUCGUGAAAUACAUGUCAUCAGUCAUCGUUUACUGCAAAGCAACAAUUAAUUACGGGUGCGUAAACCAUUGAAAAGACAAGUAUUUACCUAUUGUUUACCACACAAACAUGGAAAGUGGCAGCAGCUCAAGUUCCACUUCGGGCAGCACAACAUCAAGCGGCUCAUCCAGUUGCACAGACACAGGCAGCUCUUCAGAUAGCGAUUCCAGCAGCUCAGAUGUGCCACGCGCCGAGGAAUCUAAACCACAUCCCGCAAAACAGCCUCAAAACCCUGUUAGACGCAAAAUACCAGCACCGCCUUCAGCCGACAAUGAGAAGCCAAAGGCUACUGGGAAUAGCAAUGCUGCAUUGGCAACGGCGGCGAGCAAAGUACGUUCUGUGGUGGCCGCCAGCAAUCAGCGCAAUGGCGGACUGUCCAGCGAUGAUGAUGACGAUGACGACGAUGAUGAUGCGCCGCCAGCCAAAAAAAAUGCGCGCACAGUAAACAAUUCAGUGGCACGACGCAAGCCCUCGACAAGCACAGCGCCUAAACAGACAACAGGAGGAGGAGGAGGAAGUGGAGCAGCAACAAGUAAAGCGACACAGCCAGCCAAAGCUCAAGCGCAGCGCAAUGGCGACAACAAUACUAAGCGUCCCUCGCUGAGCAGCAGCUCUAACAGCACCGAUGAUUCGGCGCAUCGUGGCGACACCAAAAAUGGACGCAAAGUGCCGCUGAAGCUGGCGAGCACAGCCACCGCAGUGCGCGCUAAACAAAUGCGCGCCAAAGCGCUGCAAGCCAAGACGAGCAAUAGCAACAGUAACAACAACAGCAAUAAAAAUGGACCAAGGCGCGGCAAGAGCAGGAGCAGCGAUGGCAGCGACGAUUCAGAGAGCGGCUCAGGCUCGGAGACAAGUUCGAUGAGCGAAUCGGAGGCUACAGACUCAAGCAAUUCCUACAGCUCACAGCCGGCGACGGGAAAAUCGAAUGCCAAAGGCAAGCGAGGAACAGCAGCAGCAGCUGGAGACAGCGAGGAGGAACGCAAGGAUAAAGCGAAUCCCAUGCGCAAGUUAACCCGCUCACUGAGCAUGCGGCGCUCCAAGCAACAGCAGCAGCAGGUCAAGCCAGGCAGCGAAACGGAAUCAGAUGCGGAAAUGGAGCAGGAAGAUGACAAGAGUCGUGUGCUGUCCAAGAGUCCUGCGAAGAAAUCAUCCACAACAACAGCAACAGGUCUCAACAGCAGUAAAUGCAAGGUGAAGAAGGAAAGCAGCGUCUUGAGCUCCAUAAAAUCACGACCUGUGUCGCCGGCGCUUCAGCUGGAGAAGAAGUGUCCUAUAGAAGGCUGCGACUCCUCAGGUCAUUUGAGCGGCAAUUUGGAUCGUCAUUUUCUGCCCGAAGCGUGUCCCAUUUACCACAACAUGUCCGCUUCGGAGUGCAAGGAGCGUGCCAACGAACGCAAGCUGCGCAACGAGCAGCGUUUAAAGUUUCCACCCGUCAGCAACAGCAAUUCGAGCACGCCGGGCAAUCAGCACAGCAAUCCCAAGACGUUGACGCCCGAGCAGCGAGAAUUUCUGGCCAAAAUACGCGAAUCUCGUGCCAACUUUCGACCAAUUAGCAGCAGCUUUUUAAAUGAUAAGGUGAAGCUGGAUAAGGACUGCACGGAUGAGGAUCGCGAACCGAAUCUGGCGGGCCUGGUGCCCGACUAUGAUUUGCAACUGUUUCGCGAGGCUCAAGCACAAGCUUCGGAGCGAAUAGAGGAUGAACUCAAGGAUCUGCCCGUUGGCAAGGGCAUCAAAUACAUCAGCAUGGGCAAGUACAAGAUGAAGGUGUGGUAUCAAUCGCCCUAUCCCGAUGAUGCUGCCCGCCUGCCCAAAAUGUAUAUCUGUGAGUUUUGUCUGCGCUAUCAGAAAUCCGAGACGGGCAUCAAACGUCAUGCCCAGAAAUGCGUCUGGCGUCAUCCGCCAGGCGAUGAAAUCUAUCGCAAGGGCAAACUGCAGGUGUGGCAAGUGGAUGGCAAACGUUACAAGCAAUACUGUCAGCAUCUUUGUCUGCUGGCCAAGUUCUUUUUGGACCACAAAACAUUGUACUACGAUGUGGAGCCAUUUUUGUUCUAUAUCAUGACGUUGGCCGAUGUCGAUGGCUGUCACAUUGUCGGAUACUUUAGCAAGCAUAUUCCAUUCCUGCAGGAAAAGAACUCGUUCUAUAAUGUUUCGUGCAUUCUAACCUUGCCCCCAUAUCAGCGCAAAGGCUACGGCAGACUGCUCAUCGAUUUCAGUUAUCUGCUAACCCGUGUAGAGGGCAAAAUUGGUUCGCCAGAGAAGCCGCUGUCCGAUCUGGGACUCAUCUCAUAUCGCUCCUACUGGAAGGAUGUCCUGCUCGACUAUCUCUGCAACCGUUCCGGUAACACGCUCUGCAUCAAGGAUGUAUCACAGGAAAUGGCCAUCUACUCGUAUGAUAUUGUGAGCACGCUGCAGGCUCUGGGCAUGAUGAAAUACUGGAAAGGCAAACACAUAGUUUUAAAGAAGCAGGAUGUGCUGGAUGAGUAUGAAGAGCGAGUGAAGCGACGCGGGACGUUUCCCAAAAUCGAUGACUCCUGUUUGCGCUGGCAGCCCUUUAUACCGAUUCAGCCGAGCGAAUCGCCAUAACCACGUGGCUGGAAGCACGCCCCAGCGUGCUUUGUGGAGUCAUCCUAAAUUGAUUAAGACAACAAGAGAUAUAGUGCUUAGUAUUUGUAUUUUUGUUGGUAGUUAAUUGAUAGUAACAUUACGUAUAGUGCAAAUUCCUCAAACUUUGAUUCCGACUUAAAUAUACUCGAGAUGCGAACUAGCUU